GAAGCUGAUCAUCAAUGCCAAACGUGAUGGAGCGUGUCCAAGACCUCCCCUGGAUUCGCGUGGACACUUCUGGUAACUCAGAGGUCACUGAGGUGGACAGGGUCACGCUGAUGCGUCGGUUUGAUCUUCCUGCCUCUGAUUUCCUCUUGCUCGAUCCCUCGUCUGAUUCCCCCUCUGCCAUUCUUGCUCGAGAGAAGGCGAUUGUGGUAAAAUUGGAGCAGAUUGGGUGUAUCAUCUCAGCAGACGAGGUUCUGCUUUUGAAUGCCGGUAAUCUCGAUGUUGUACAGUGUGCAGAGAAGCUUGGGGCGGGCGAAUUCUUGCAGUCUGCAUGUGCUGGCUUGAGCUGGAGACGAGGAAGUAGAAACUUCGACAACAAUUUUGGGACUACAUCCCCAGAAUAUCUUCCUUUUGAAUUUAGGGCACUUGAAGUAGCCCUUCAAGCUGCCAGUACUUUCCUUGCUUCUCAGGUUUGCGAAAGAUGCUUAUUCAGAGCAUAGAUCCAAACUUUCACUUUUGAGAGCUUCGGUCGGAUUUGUUCUAUGUUUUGAGGGAAAAUGACACACAUAGUCCCAGAAU